AUGGCCGGUGUGGAACGCUGGUAUCAGAAGUUUGAGGUCUUGGGCGAAGACUCCGACACGGAGGCCGAGGCUGUGCCGGAGGUGCUCGAUGUCCAGACUGAACGCCUGCUUAAGGCCCUGCCUCCGGACGUUGCUGAGUCGGUCCGGAGCACUACGAAUCCAAGAGUUCGGGAGGCUUUGCUUGCGAUCAACUGCUUCGUGAGCGAGCUUCACGGCCCGAUGGAGAAGACGCCUGCGAGGCAGCAGCAGCUCCUCCAAGCCUUAUCUGCAGCCCUGAAGUCUCUGGAAGAGGGCGGCGAGGUCGAGACGCUGUUGUUUCGCAUGCGCUCCGUCUUGCAGCACCCAGAGGUUAAAGCAGAGAAGGUGGAGCAAGCGCUGGGAGCCUGUGCGCUUCUACGGGGCAACUUGGACAAGCGGGUUUUGCUGACCAUUGCCAAUGCAAGCUUGGACCGUUUGCGUGAACUGUCAGCUUCCUGCCUCGCACGUAUCUGCUGGUCUGCGGCCUCUUUGCAAAGCGGCGAGCCGCACGAGGACCUGCGACGCCUGCUGCACUCAGCCAUGGAGCUCGCCGAAGGGAGGCUCUGCGACUUCGGCGCCGAAGACGCGUCUUUGCUGGCCUGGGCCUGCGCCACUGCACGGCCCGCGGGCGCCCAGCGCCUGCUCUUGGCGCUCGAACGUCGGCUACCGGAGAUGGACGGAGCGAGCGCGAGGAUCGUUGCGUGGGCUCUGGCCUCCCUCCGGCCCGUUGCUCCCUGCCCGGAGCCAGUGGCCCCAGAGGCACCGGAGCCUCCGGCGGUGCCAGAUCCCGAGUGCUCCGAUCCCGGCGACUUCGAAGAGCUCGAGGCUCCUCUCUGCUUCCUGGAUCCCCGCAUGCCGCCCCAGAAGGCCGCGCUGGCAUCGAGGCCCAUGACCUUCGUGCCUGUGGACUGA